CUCAUAUACCUACAAAAAGAAGAUAACAAAUUUGUGAAACGUUUAUUAUUUUUGUUUGCAUUUGCUAUGCCUCUAAGUUUAUAUAACUGCACAAAACGAAAUAAAACCUUGAGGUACUUGCUCAAGACCAAAGAAUGCAGAGCUAGAAUUAAAGCGGAUCAGAUCAACGUUUUGAGGAAGCAGUAUGACGCUUUUCUGGAGGAGGAUAAAAAACGCAAAGAGCGCAAUGAACACAUCCUGGAGAAACUUGACAAUAUGCGCCUGUCUAACACCGUGGCACGAUACAAGAGCAAUGUCUAUCUAGACCAGAGAGUAUCUUUUAACUGCAUCGGGGAAGCGCCGAUUAACAUAUAUCCUCAUCCACAAACGAAUCAGCCAGCUAUGGUAAAUCCUCUGAGUAACUUUAAAGAAACAGCGACACCAACGGAUCUAGGUGUUCUCGCCAAACCCAUGGACGAGACGUACAUUCUCAACGAAAUUAGCAAAAAAUAUAUACUGAUUCCUAAGUUAAGAUCAAUUGCUGGCGAAGAUUACAUUCCCAGAGCAAUAAAACAGGAUAACAAUAACGAGGGAGAUUGGAAGAGUAAAUAUAGUAUUUUAGAUAAACUCAAACAGAAUGAAAAAGAGGAGACGAAUAGCUUUUCUGUUUUAAAAGACAACGGUAAGAGUUUCUUAGACGACAUCCCAACCAGAGAACCAGAGAACAGGUUUGAUGAUGAAGGAAAUUCUCCAAAAGAUAAAAUCGCAGAAAAGGCUGUGGCUGCUAAAUACGCUACAGUCCCUCUCGCUUGUCAAGAUGAAAACGGAACGAUAGAUAAAAUUACUACCGAUAUUAAGAAGGAAAAAACCAUAAGACAGUGUGAGGUAGCUCCAAAUUUAAACACUCAUUCCUCGGCAUUAAAAACGGAUACAGAUAAUGAAGGACAAUUACAGCUGCCAAACAGAGGUACAGCGGGUUUUGGGGUAUCGACUGAGCAAUACACUUAUCCGACACAAGAAGUAGUUCCGUUAACUUUGCACGAAACCGGGGGUCGAAAUAAUGAUCCAAUAUACAACGAUAAACAUGAAAACGAAGAUAACGAAAAACUGACUCCUGUAGUAAACGAUAUAACGCAUGUAGAAGAAAUAGAUCCAAUUAAACCUGAAACGCAAAAAACUAAAAGUGAUCAUGAUUGGAACACAGGUAAUUCUGAAAAACUGCAAUAUCCAAUUGACAUUAUAAAUGUUCAGGACUUUACGCCGGCAGAAGGCGUAAAGUUGGUAGAUGGAGUGAAUAUUAAUCCAGAUAGUCGCGCCGUACAGCAGAAAUAUAUGGCACCUAGUGAACAGAACAGAGCUCAAGAACCAGCGGAACAUGCAUAUCAGCCAAAGGCCGAACAACCACAAGGUGAUGCUCAGUACGGGUCCCAACCAACAGACUCUUCUGAGGAAGCAUAUCUACCUGGGGCUAAUCAGCCACCUGGUGGAGACCAUUACGUUUCUGACCCAACAGCAUCUGGUGAGCAAGCAUAUCUUCCAGGGGAUCAGCAGCCACUACGUGAUCAUUAUGUCUCUGAACCAGUUGCAGUUGCCGCAGAGCAGCAAGAGCAUAUUGCAGAGGAUACAGAACAGCACCAACAAAGUGCUUACGAUCAAACUGCGGACGUGACAUCAGAAAUCCAAGCAUUUGAAGAUGAGCAGAACCAAAUGUUUUAUUCAGAACAGGCAAAUUAUCAAGAUCCAAAUGCUGUGGGUGAUGGUUACAGUGGCGACACAAAUUACGAUCCCUCACUCUUGUAUGGUGGUGUACAGCAGGAGGCUGCAUAUCCUGUGGAAAUAAACGAACACGAAGAAACUUCACAACGGUAUGAUCCUAGUUACGAGGAGCAGUAUGCGGCCAAGGAUGCAGAGCAACUGUAUGCUGAACAACAAUAUAGCGAUCAGCAAUACACUGAACAACAAUAUAGCGAUCAGCAAUACACUGAACAACAAUAUAGCGAUCAGCAAUACACUGAACAACAAUAUAGCGAUCAGCAAAAUACUGAACAAGGACAAUAUGGUGAACAACCAUAUGCUGAACAACAAUAUGGUGAACAACCAUAUGCUGAACAACCAUAUGCGGAACAACAAUAUGGUGAACAACAGUUAUAUGAUGGACAACAAUAUGGUGAUCAACAACAAUAUGUUGAACUGCCAGAUUAUACCGAUCAAACUCAAGGCGAACCUGUGGUAGCAACACUUCAAGAAUACGAUCAAGCAUAUACAUUACAAGAACAGACCAUGGAACAAAUUGAACAACAACUGGAUAAUGAGGAACUUAACGUUGCAAGUCAAGAUGCUGUGGGUGAUAUUGUGGACGAAUCUAUAAUGUACACUCAGAAUGAGGAGGAAAUGCCUGCUACUGAACAAUAUGUUGAAAAUCAGAACCCAGAGCCGAUCACCCCUAAAGUAUAAAAAUAUUAGUAUUAAUUAAUGAGAAUAAUACACCUAUAAAAUAAAUAAAU